UCACCAGCUUAACAAGUCUUCGGUCUCCACUCUCCGUUCGGCAGUCGACCGUUUCGAUUUUCCACAGCUUCGAGCCUUCUCCCUUCCGUGUCUUUCGAUUUUCCCUUCUUCCGUCCGGCCAUCCCCAGUCCCAACCCGACUGACCGUCCCAGAUCGGCAAAUCCCGUCGGCCAUCGCUCUCUCUCUUCCAGACGGCAGAACCCUAGAUCUUCUUGCCCAUCGCGAAUCGCUCUCGAUCUCUUCGGCAAAGCCCUAGAUCCUGCAUCUCUUCGGCGUCCGGGGCGACUUCGGCAUACUUCGUUCCGACUCUCAAGGGCACAGGUGGUAGGUUAGCCACCAAUCUGUAGUUAUUGGAAGAACACGAUGGCUACUAACCCAUCGAAGAACAAAGAAGAUGUUGAAGGGAAACAAGGAUUUGGGUUUUUGUAUGUCAAGAAGAUUAUUUAUUAAAGCAAACUGCAAAGCUAUUGCGCCUCUCAACUCCAUCUUAAGAAAUUUUUUGGAAGCCGGCUGGACUUCAUGAAGCUAGUGCGUAAGUUCCAGUUUCGUUGCAUGGCGAUCCUUCGAUAGCAGGCUAGUUCAAUUCUGUCCAUGUUAAGAAAUUUUCUAUGUUGCCCCUCCGGUAGGGUUUCUGGAAGCCGGACUCCAUGAAGCUAACUUGCUUGAGCCAAGGUGGGGGAUACCACUUCCCGCCGUGCUACAUGCUGGAGCUGUGCGGCUUCCGUCUCCUCCUGGAGUGCCCCCUCGACCUCUCUGCCCUCACCGUCUUCGCCCCCAUCUCCGCCACCGACAACGACGCCAACGCCUCCGGUCUCAUAAAAGCGCAGCCCUGGUACAAGACCGUUGCUGCCCUCCACCUAUGGGACCCCUCUCUCAUCGGCGCCAUCUUGGUCUCCACCCCCGCCGGCAUGCUCGGCCUGCCCUUCCUUGCUAGAAACCCCAAGUUCUCCGGCAAGAUUUAUGCUACGGAGGCGACGGCGAGGAUUGGAAGGCUCAUGAUGGAGGAACUCGUAGCAAUGCAUGCUGAAUUUGUGCAAUUCUAUGGUCCCGAUGAGAGACCGGGGCUUCCGGAGUGGAUGAAGUGGGAAGAGCUUGAGAAGCUCCCUCCGGCAUUGAGAGAGGUCGUGAUGGGGGAAGACGGCGAGGAGCUUGGGAGCUGGAUGCCCCUGUACAGCGCAUCAGAUAUAAAGGAAUGCAUGCAGAAAGUCCAGUCUGUGAAGUAUGCUGAAGAAGUUUGCUACAAUGGCACCAUAAUCUUGAAAGCAUUCAGCUCUGGUUUGGAAAUUGGAAGUUGCAAUUGGACAGUAAAUGGUCCAAGAAGAAAUAUUACAUACUUGUCAAGCUCCAUAUUUGAGUCUUCUCAUGCAAUGGACUUUGAUUACCAUUCUUUACAGGGGAAUGAUUUAAUUCUGUUUUCUGAUCUGUCAUCCUUGAAUAGCAUGGCUAAGAAGGGUAAUGACUUUAAUGGAAAUAAUAAUCAUAGUGAACCGAUGCAUAAAGAUGCUCCUCUUUGUGAUGUUUCAGCUAUCAGAACUGAUUAUGACAAUGAGGAUGAAAUUCUCAGAUGUUUAGGUGGCAUUGAUGAGAAUUUGGAGGAAAUUGACAAGAUCAGUUUCGUAUGCUCCUGCAUCUUAGAUUCCUUGCAAAUGGGAGGUUCUGCUCUGAUACCAGUAGGUCGACUUGGAGUAGUACUUCUCCUUCUGGAGCAGCUAUCACGGUUACUAGAAUCUUCACAUCUGAAAGUUCCCAUAUUUAUGAUUUCUACUGCUGCAGAAGAGAUGUUAGCAUUUACUAAUGCUGUACCAGAAUGGCUCUGUAAGCAACGACAACAGAAGCUAUUCUCCGGUGAGGCGCUGUUUGGCCAUGUGGAGCUUAUGGAUGAGAAAAAACUACUAUUGUUUCCAAUUCUUAACUCAUCUAACUUAUUUGGAACUAAGACGCUUCAUAGAAUGAUGUGGCAGGAGCCAUGCAUAGUGUUUUCUCCUCAUUGGAGUCUCAGGCUUGGUCCUGUUGUUCACUUGCUUCGUCGUUGGCAUGCAGAUCCCAGGUGUGUACUUGUUGUGGAGGAAGGAGCUGAUGCUGAAGUGGCUCUAUUGCCUUUUAAGAUGGUGGCAAUGAAGGUCCUCCAAUGUUCAUUUCUUUCAGGAAUAAGGAUGCAGAAAGUUAGACCUUUGCUGGAAAUGCUGCAGCCGAAGCUUGUUCUGUUCCCUGAAGAUUUGAGGUUGCAAUGCCCUUUAAAGGAUGACAGCUCAUGCUCAAUCUUGUAUUACUUGAAGAAUGUAAUGCUACAUGUGCCAGGUUUAAGGAGUGACUUUGAGGUCUGCUUGGCAACGGAUCUGGCAUUUCAGCUCAAGCCUAGAAAAUUGACAGAAAGGAAUAUGGCGAUUGCAAGAUUGAAGGGUCAGCUUCUCUUAAACAAUGGAAAAUAUCUGUUGGUUGCUUCAAAGGAACUGCUUGACCUCUCAAACAAACAGUUACUGCACUGGGGUUCUGCAGAUCCUGUACGCCUUCUUAUGGCCUUGCAGGAAAGGGGGAUUAUUGGAUCGAUUCAUUGGGACAAAAAUGGGACAGAUGGUGUCUUCUCAAUUCAGAUCACGAAGCCAGAGGAGGCUAUGAUUGAAACAAGUGGCACCAAGACUGUAAUCUAUUGCAGAGACAAAACUAUGGCUGCCUUAAUUUAUGAAGCUUUCAGCAGUGUUUGUGGUGGAAUUUGAGAAAACAUGAUACCGAAAAUACUUCUAUGCAUCCAGCAUUUCUCAUAAAAAGAAAAGCAAAAGUUCUGCACCUGCAGUAUGUGCCGCCCCUGUAGUCAUUUGUUUAAUAAAGAUCAGUUUAUUCAGCGACCACUUUGUCGGCUCACAAAAGCUCAGCUCUCUGGAUUUAAUGCAAAAAAUUCUUGCAGCUAGUGAAAUUUAGCCAUGGGUAAACUUUCUGCUGCCGUUCAGAUAUCUGAAGAUUCUGAACUGCAUGGUUGAGAGAGAAGCUCAUACAUGUGCUGCAUUUGCUAUGCGGUAUGUCAUCAUAGAUUCAGAAGAGUGAGCUAGCAACCAUACGAAAUGGUUUGUUACUUCAGCCUUCCACCUUUGGUUUCCCUCAAGGAGUUUACAUUUGCUGUAUCAUUUUUAGAGAUUGAUAUUGUUGUAUAGUGCCAACGUUGUAUUAAACAUGCAAAUUAAGAGAUGCCAGGCUUUUGAUGGUUAAGUAAUGGUAAAGCACAAACCUGAAAGCUCUUAUGUACUGA